CGGCGGGCACCAUGCUGCGGCUGCUGUUGCGGACCCGGGCUGCCCGCGGCUGUCGCCGCUACGGUUCGUGCUCGCCGGGCGCCCGCGGCGACGCCGGGGAGGGGCGAGCCCACUUCACCACGCCCAUCUUCUACGUGAACGCCGCGCCGCACAUUGGGCACCUGUACUCGGCGCUGCUGGCCGACGCCCUGUGCCGCCACCGGCGUCUCCGGGUUCCCGGCUCCGCGGCCACGCGGUUCUCCACCGGCACGGACGAGCACGGCCUGAAGAUCCAGCAGGCGGCAGCCGGCGCGGGCCUGGCCCCGAUCGAGCUCUGCGAUCGCGUGUCUGCCCAGUUCCGGCAGCUUUUCCUGGAGGCUGGCAUCUCCUCCACCGACUUCAUCCGCACCACGGAGGCCCGGCACCGGGAGGCGGUGCAGCACUUCUGGCGCUUGCUGGAGGCCCGGGGUCUGCUUUACAAAGGACUUUACGAGGGCUGGUACUGCGCCUCCGACGAGUGCUUCCUGCCCGAGGCCAAGGUCACUCGGCAGGUGGGUCCGUCCGGGGAGCAGCGUCCUGUGUCUCUGGAGAGCGGACAUCCCGUCUCCUGGACCAAGGAAGAAAAUUACAUUUUCAAGCUCUCCCAGUUUCGAGAACCGCUCCAGCGGUGGCUUCAAAACGACCCUCAGGCGAUCACCCCGGAGCCGUUCCACCAGACCGUUCUGCAGUGGCUGGAGGAGGAGCUGCCCGAUUUGUCCGUUUCUCGAAGGAGUAGCCACCUGCACUGGGGCAUUCCGGUUCCCGGGGACGAUUCUCAGACUAUCUACGUGUGGCUGGAUGCCCUGGUCAACUACCUGACCGUACUUGGCUACCCAGAUGCAGAUUUCAAGUCUUGGUGGCCAGCCACAUCUCACGUCAUAGGUAAGGACAUUCUUAAGUUUCAUGCCAUUUAUUGGCCUGCCCUUCUCCUCGGGGCCGGAUUGAGGCCACCGCGUCGCAUCUAUGUCCACUCGCACUGGACGGUGAGUGGCCAAAAGAUGUCCAAGAGCUUGGGCAACGUGGUGGAUCCCAGGGCUUGCCUUGACCGCUAUACUGUGGAUGGCUUCCGCUACUUUCUCCUCCGGCAGGGAGUUCCCAACUGGGACUGCGACUACUACGAUGAAAAGGUGGUCAAAUUGCUGGACUCCGAGCUGGCAGAUGCUUUGGGCGGGCUUUUAAACCGGUGCACUGCCCACAGAAUAAAUCCUUCCGGGACCUACCCGUCUUUCUGCGUUGCUUGUUUCCCCAGCGAGCCGGGGCUAACGGGGCCGUCGGUUCGUGUGCAGGCGGAAGACUAUGCGCUCGUGAGGGCAGUGGCCACUUUGCCCAAGCAGGUGGCCGACUAUUACGACGACUUUCAGAUCUAUAAGGCUUUGGAGGCCGUAUCCAGCUGUGUUCGGCAAACUAAUGGGUUCGUUCAAAGGCAUGCGCCGUGGAAACUGACCUGGGAAAGCCCUGCGGACGCCCCUUGGCUGGGUACUGUGCUUCACGUGGCCUUGGAAUGUUUGCGAGUUUUUGGAACCUUGCUUCAGCCCGUUACUCCGAACUUAGCCGACAAGCUGCUGUCGAGACUCGGGGUCUCUGGCACAGAGAGAGGCCUUAGAGAGCUCCACUUCCUACCUCGAUUCUAUGGACACCCCUGCCCCUUUGAAGGGAGAGAGCUGGGGCCGGACACUGGGCUUUUGUUUCCAAGGCUGGACCAAUCCAGGACUUGGCUGGUGAAAGCCCACAGGACUUAGAGGCCGAUGGGAAACGAGCCAAUGUAUUCUUGCAUUUUCAGGAAAGUUAAAGUCGUGUUUAGAAAGCAUUGUAUCCGAUGAGUACAUAAACCUCCCGAGUCCUUAAGAGCCAUUCAGGUACCACUAACAAUCCACCCUUUUCAUUUCUCCGUGCCACUAACCACUGCUCUUCGUUUGCCAGUGUCUCUGAGGAGGAUAGUUGAGGAAGGGACCAGUUUCUGAUACUGUUCCUUCUCAUUGUGCCUUCUCCCAAACCAUGGCCUAGACCGGCGCUCAUGGCUGCUGCUCCCCAGGCUGAAGCGAGGGUCGCAGACCCUGGCCGGCGCUCACAGGUCAGCCCUGCUCUGCUAGACACCGCGGGUCUCCUGUUAAAGUGAUCCUUUCACUAGAGCUUUAGGAGCCUGUGUCCUAGGCAAUAUGACUCAGUUGUGCUUUGUAGUACUACACUUCGUUCAGUAGAUGGCGCUGAUCUCACACAUCCAACGCGUUAUGAGUGUGGUGACUUCAGCCAUCUAAGGUCACAGAGCUUCAGAAUUUUACUGUUUCCUUAAAGGAUAACUUUGGAACCACUGCUAUUUAACAACACAAAGAUACUAGAAUUCUCAUCUUGAAAUUACAAAAAAUGACAUGUACAAUAAGUUAAAUAUAACAGGUUAUUUAUAUGAUAAAACCAUAAAGCUCUUUAGGUACACUGUAUUACAAAUAUUAAUUGUAGUAAUGAUUAUAUGUAUAAUUCAUCUGUGUUCUUUAUAUUUCCUGACUUAUCCAUAAUUUACCUCAUACGAUUGCUUUUGAUAUAUAUCAAAGGCUAUAUAAUACAAUAUUGAAAUUAUGUAAUAAUUGUUAAUAUAUUUAUGUCAAAUUAAUUUUUGUUCAUUACUUCUCUUUUUGAGACAGGGUUUCAUUGUAUAGUUUAAGCUUGCCUCAAAUUCAUCAGUCUCCUGCCUCUGCUUUUCAGGUGCUGGUGUCAGGUGUGUCACCAUGCCUGUCUUUUCCUUUUAGCUUGUUACUAAAGUAUGAUUGUGAACACCUUAUUUAGAGCUGUUGAGUAACAUUUAUUGAAGGAAAUGUUGGAGGGAGAAAAUGAUGGGUGUU